AUGUCCCAACCACGACCCCCUCCCACAUCAUCAGGCAACCCAUCCGCCCCUCCCCAAAAAGAACCCUCCUCCUCCCACGCCACUGGCCUCCGCUACCCCUCCAACGGUAAAACCAUCUACCACCGCCACCUCUCCCGCAGCCGAACCGCCGAGCUCUCCCAAGCCUCCUUCGCCUACCUCUUCUCCGAAAUGGUCACCUACGCCCAAAGGCGAGUAACCGGGAUCCAAGACCUCGAGAAACGCCUCAACACCCAAGGCCACCCUCUAGGCCUAAAACUCCUCGACCUCCUCCUCAUCCGCGAACCCCCCCGCUCCCAAUCCCGCCCCCUCAACAUCAUCACCCUCCUCCACUUCAUCAAGAUCAACCUCUGGCAACACCUCUUUGGCCGGCAAGCCGACCGCCUCGAAAAAUCCUCCGAUCCCGACGCGCCAGACGAGUACAUGAUUAUUGACAACGAACCCCUCGUCAACGCUUACAUCUCUGUCCCAAAGGAAAUGUCACAGCUCAACUGCGCGGCGUUUGUGGCCGGCAUCAUCGAGGGGGUGUGUGACGGGGCGGUUUUUCCUGCGAGGGUCACGGCCCAUAGCGUGGGGAGUAAGGAGGAGGGGGAGAUGUGGCCGGGGAAGACGGUGUUUUUGGUCAAGUUCCAGCCCGAGGUGUUGGAGCGGGAGGCGUUGAUUGGUGGGAAGGGUUAG